GUAAGCGAAGAGGAAGAAAAACAAAAAUUGUAGCUUGUAUUUGAAGAUUUCGUCUAGAAACAAUUUGUGCGCGACAUUCGGAAGGAAUAUAGAAGUGCAGCAGCAACAUAGAAAACCAUAACCCAGCACAAAGCUCGAGAAGAUUUUGGUAAACAAUAAAUAGAGCGAUUGUCAUGCAAGCACAAUACCAAAUCCCGCUUUCCACUUCUCCGCAACAACCGAAAGGAGUCAAUCUAUUGCAAUUACACGCUCUGCAGUGGCUGUACGCCCAUGCGCAGCAAAAUAUGCCCGCCAAUAUACCGGCGCAUUGCUGCCACGGAGCCGGACAGCCGCCGUUUAAUUACGCCCAGCCAAAUAUGAAUUAUUUUGCACCGCCGCACAACGGUCAGGCACAGCAGACGUAUUUGAAUUUCCAACCGCAGGCCGGAGUUGCCGGCAUAAGGCAGCUGUAUAAUCAUGCGCAGAGCGCCAGCCAAAAUUAUGCCCAACCCUGCGUUCAUACGCAGCAGCUGUUCAACAUUGGCCAGCCGCCCAGCAUGAGCUUUGUGCCGCCGGCGCCGUGCGGCCAAAUGCAGCAACCGUUUAGCCCUGGCCAGACCAAUCUCUACCAGAGCUGUGCAGUGCAACCGCCAUAUGGUUAUGCCCCGCAUAAUAUGGCCUAUAUGCCUCCACCGCCGCCGCCGCCGCCGCCGCUGGCGCUGGCGCAGACGCAGUGCGCCCAAAUGCAGCAGCCGUACUGUGGUGGAGCCCAAGGCGUGCAUUUUAUGGCGCCGCCGUGCGGCCAGGAUCAGGCCGUGGUCAAUACGCUGUGCACCGAACCCGUUGGCAAUGUGCCCCUGGUCAACUGCCAGUUCGAGCCGGGGCAGCCGAGUGGCAAACAUGUCUAUGUGAACGGAGCACUCUAUAAUACCGAAUUGCUGGAACCGCCAUUGGAUAGCUUCAAUUCAGCCGGAGAUACGGAAUAUCCGGCUCAUCAAUCACUGCAAAACGUGUCGCACGAUGAAGAGACCGUCGACACCGAGGAUGGUUACGAUCCGCUGGACGACGCCAUGCCAUCGAUAUAUGGUAUACGAUUCUACAAUCCGAACUAUGGGCCCGAGGGCGCCAUACCGCCGCGAUUCAAGAGGAAGAUGUACAAUCGAAAUGCCAACAUAAAUGCUUGGCUCUCGUCGAAGCAGCCGGAGGGCGGCGUGCCGCAAUUUCAGGAUCCAUGCGCAAUGUUUCAUGGUCCCAAUGAAAAUCCAAUGGGCCGCAACAAUAGGGGCAAACAGGAGCCGGGCCAGGAGCUGAAAGAUGCCGCCACAACGGCUGCUCAAAAUUUUAUCGCCUCCAUGUCGCCAAAUUCGAGGGCCAAACGCCGUCAGGGACGCAGUCGUCCACGGGGUUUCACACAAUCAUUUGGGAUCGUUGCGCCCAUCAAGCGUAACAAUUAUACGGCCAAGGAUAAUAUGGUGGCGGCCAAUAAUGUUUUAUCCUUGUUCGAUAAGAAGCCGUCGCCCAUCAGAAAAUGGGAUGACUUUGAUCCGGACAAGGGCAACAUCAAUGUCGACUGGCCUUUGCCCAACGAUGUCAAUAAAACGGGACCAAACAAUAAAUCCCAAACCAAACGUAACAUUUUUUCAAAGGAACCAACUGAUCCUUACUUUAACUAAUCUCUGGUCUCUUAAUUUAAGACAUCACAAAUAACUUUUAACAGCAGACCAUAUUUAAACAUAUUCUUUAACUUGGCAGUUCCAAACUGCCUACUCUUUGCAAUAAACAAGAUUGGGGAAGCCCCUUU